AUGGAAGACACCAAACAAAAUGAUGAGAUGUCGUCGAUAUCUCAUCAUGAAGAUGCUCCAAAGAGUAAUGAGCCCAUACCAAAAGCAGAUUUCGGGGACCUCUAUAAAUACCUGACUGGCCCUUAUAAAGCAUUGUUCUUCAUUGGAUGAUGUUCAGCAUUUUUCGGAGGAUUCAACUUCCCACUCUGCUCGUAUAUCAUCCAGAGAAUUUUAGACAGAAUGGGCGGAGGCGAUGUAGACUACAUUCAUGAUAAAAUGAUUGACAACUCUUGGUUCUUCAUGGGAGUUGCUGGGGCAUCAUUCUUUGCUAACUUCACUCAAUACGCAUGCUUUACUCUGAUAGGGAAGAAGAUUAAUUUUGAAUUAAGAUGGAGAUAUCUACAAGCUCUCCUUAGACAAGAUAACACAUGGUUUGAUGACCAGAACAUUGAAGGCAUCCCAUCUGACUUUCAUAAGAGAAUGAAAGAAAUUGAAUGUGGAUUUGGAAGAUCAAUAGGAUUUAUCAUUUAUGGUUUUGGUGCAUACCUUUGCGGAAUAGGCAUCACUUUCGCUAUUGCAUGGAUCUUCUUGUUCUGUCUCUUCGCACUUGUUGUAUAUGCCACGAUAAUAUUUAAUUUUGUGGAAGAGACCCUAAAUUCAGUACAAGCUCUUGUCGAAUCUACCUUUGAUAAGGGAGGUGUCCAGGCAGAAGAAUCUUUUAAUUCUAUUAAAGUUAUCAAAGCCUUUAGACAAGAAAAGAACUGUUCUGAUCACUUUCUUCGCCACUUAGAAAAGAACAAUCGUGAAGUAUUAGGUAAAGCUUGGAACUAUGGAGCUGCAUUUGGCUUGCUUGAGACAAUAGCUUAUCAUUUCACUUGAUAUGCAUUCGUAAUUGGAGGUUUCUUUGUUUCAGAAGGAGUUCAUAAUUCAUUCCCAGAUGAAUCAUAUACUGGAGGAGAUAUAUUCUCUUGCAUUAGCUUUUUGUGUGGAAACUACUUCUUCACCAAUUCUAUCAGAGUUAUGUUCCUUUUCAAUAAGGCAAGAGAAGCAGCCCACCCAAUCAUAGAGUUGAUAGAAAGAGUUCCAGAGAUUUCCUUAGAUGAUGAAAAUGGUGCUGAUAUUAAUGAGAUAUCUGACAGCAUUCAGCUGAACAAUGUUUCAUUCAAGUACCCAAAAGCUGCUAAUAAAGUACUCAAAGGAGUUACAAUUAACAUCAGAAAGGGUGAAACAGUUGCCAUUAUUGGUAAAUCUGGAUCAGGAAAAUCUACAAUUGCGAAACUUUUAGAAAGAUUCUAUGAUCCAAUUGAAGGUGAAGUCCUAGUUGACGGCCAAAACCUCAAAUCAAUCAAUUUGAGAAAGUAUAGAAAUCUAAUUGGAUAUGUUGGUCAAGAGCCUUGUCUUUUCAACGAAAGUAUUAGAGAAAAUCUCCAGAAUUCAUAUCCAGAAGCAACUGAAGAAGACAUCAUCACUGCCCUUAAAAGAGCUCAUGCAUGGGACUUUAUUGAAAAACUUGAUGAUGGUAUUGACCAUAAUGUUGGAGCUAUUGGAAGUAAACUAUCAGGAGGUCAAAAGCAGAGAAUAGCAAUCGCUAGAGCAUUAGUGAGAAAUCCCCAGCUUCUAAUUUUUGAUGAAGCAACAAGUGCCCUCGAUAAUGAAAGUGAGAAGAAAGUGCAGGAAGCAAUCGAAUCUAUUGAAGGAGACUCUAUCACUAAAGUUGUAAUUGCUCAUAGACUCACAACUGUAAAGAAUUCAGAAACUAUCAUUGUCCUUGAAGAUGGAGAAAUUGUUGAACAAGGAGAUCAUAAUGAACUUAUGAGAGUUAAUGGAAUAUAUGCUGAAAUGACCAAUGUACAGGAAAAAGCCAACAGAACGAAAGAUGUCCUAACUCACGAAGAAAAGAAAAAGGCUCCAGAAAGUAACCAUAGAGACGAUGCCUAUGCGGGUGAAGAUACAGUAUCCGAGAAAGAUCCUUUACUUGAACCUCAAAGAAACUUACAGAGACAAAAUGUUCAGAAUGAUGGCUCAGAAGAUUCUGAAGGAACAUUAACAUAUUUGAAGCAAGUUUAUUCUUAUGCUUCUCCAAAAGGAUACAUAGCUUUAAUGCUAAUCGGGGCUACUCUUGUGGCUUUGACCUUGGUAGUAAUGCCAUAUCCCUUUUCAAAGUUCUUUUAUACUGCUUUACAAGAUGAUAGUACUGGUACUGAGCUAAAGAAUGACAUGGCGAUCUAUCUUCCAAUCAUCUUUGGAAUGGGUGUAAUAGCUGCAAUUCUUCAAUUUUUCACAAGAGCAAUGUUGCAUAUAGUAAACACCAAUCUGCUUCAAGGAGUAAGGAAAUUUGUCUAUGACCAGAUCUUACAUCAGCCUAUUGAGUUCUUUGAUCAUAGGGACCAUAACACUGGUAACCUAACUGCCAUUCUUUCUUCAAGUACAAGAGAAUUAAAUGGAGCUGCUGUUGAGUUGUACUUAUUCAUUUUCCAGUCGAUGGCUAGUAUGAUUGGUGGAAUCAUCUUCGGUUUCAUCUUUGAAUGGAAUAUAGGACUACUGUUCUGAUUAAUUGUUCCAGUCUCAUGGUUAUCAAUGGGUGCAACCUUCGCUCUGCAAUCUAGCGCUCAAAGUGGUUAUAAAGAGUCUGUAAGUAGGCAAGAAAAGAUGGUGUCUGAUUAUAUCUUGAACUAUAAUACUGUUUUGUCUCUUGCAAAUGAGAAAACUAUCAUCGCUAGAUACUUCAAUGAAAAUAAUUCUGAAGAAUCGAGCUAUAAAGUAGACAAAGAUAGUCUUUAUGAAGCUAUAGGUCCUGGCUUAUUGUAUGGGUUCGGAUCUUCAUUCUUCAUUUUAUCAUUUUCGCUUGUUGGUUUUGUAUCUGCACAUAAUAUUAAGUCCGGAAAAGACCCAGAAGAUCAAUUAAGAUGUACUUUGGGAUUCUGGUAUUCUUUUUUGACAGUAUCGUAUCUGAUGAGCAAUCCUCCAGAUUUUGGAAAGAGUAUUCAAGCUGUCAGAAAGAUAUUUGGACUCAGCAAGUAUGCUAAGGAAGGAGAGCCUGGUUGCCCUAUUAAGAAUGGUGAUGCUGACUUAGGAUCUGAAGGAGUCUCCGGAGCUAUCGAGUUCCAUCAUGUUUAUUUCAGAUACCCGAGCGCUCAGACUGACAACUGGGUCUUACAAGACUUCAACCUCAAGAUCAACGAAGGAGAAAGUAUUGGCUUUGUCGGAGAAUCUGGAUGUGGAAAGAGCACAAUUGCAGCUCUACUUUUCAGAUUUUAUGAACCCCAAUCUGGAUAUAUCACCAUUGGAGGGAGAAAACUAGGUGAGUUCACUUUAUCCUCUGUCAGAGCUCACUUCGGAUAUGUUCAGCAAGAACCAAUUUUGUUUAAUACCUCUAUUAUGGAAAAUAUCUGCUUUGGAAAGCCUCAUGCUACUUGAGAUGAAAUUAUUGAAGCUGCAAGAAAUGCUAACUGAGAUGAAUUCGUUAGAAAGAAAGAUUUUGGGGGUCAACCAGAUGAUAAAGAUUCCUUUGACGAAGUUUCCGAUGAUCCCAGAUAUGACACUCUGGAUGAAGGAUAUAGAUUUAUCUGUGGGUCUAAAGGUUCCAAACUUUCAGGAGGUCAGAAACAGAGAGUUGCUAUUGCUCGUUCUAUUAUCAGUAAUCCAAAGUUCUUGAUUCUUGACGAAGCAACCUCUGCUCUAGAUGAAAGUUGUCAGAAAGAGGUUCAGGAAUCCCUCGACCAGAUUAUGACUCAAAGAACUUCGAUAGUGAUUGCUCAUCGUCUAAGUACUCUUGCUAAAUGCAAAAGAAUAGUCACUAUAGAAAGUGGAAUUAUUGUCAAGGAUGUCUACAAAGACUAGUAUUAAUGUAAAACUCAACUUCUC